AUGUUGGUAUUCAAAAAUUUCUGGAGAUUAUAUCUAGUUUUGUCUAUUAAACAGAUUUGGCUAUUUUUUUACUUAGUAAAAUGUAAAGAUUCUUCUGUUGCAAAUUUAUCCGAUUAUGUUAAUGAUCAUACUAUAUUAUGGCUUAACUUCACCUCUGAACCAUUUAGAUCAAAUAUAAAUUAUACUAUAAGAGUUGACAGGAUGAUGAAUGCAAUUGAAAAUUUAGAUAUUCAAGCUGUUGAAGAAUUUUUGAAGCUUGAUGAGUACUCAAUUUCAUACUAUAAAACUAACGAAACUGAAGGAUUAGUGAACAUUUACUCUUUAUAUGAUAAUGCUCCAGGGUGGGGGGGUGAGACUCCCUUAACUAUUUUAUCUCGUCACUCAACACCUAGAAGUAGUAUAAUGAUGUAUUAUCUUUCUUUAAAAGGAAUGAGUUCAGAAAAGGCUCAAAUAAGGGGAUAUACCCCACUAAUUCUGGCAAUAAUGCACAAAAAUUUUGGGGCAGUUAAGGUAUUAUUAGAGUUAGCUGAAAGGCAAUAUGCGUUCCAACCCCAUAGUGGAAUUUCAGAUAUAGAAAAUAAUCAAAUAUUACCAAAUAAUUUUACUAAAAGGAAAUUCACUUUAAUUGAUGCCAGGGAUUAUACAGGGCGAACAGCAUUAUUUCAUGCUGUUUUAACAGAGGAUGAAAAACUAGUAAGCUUGUUGCUGAAUGUAAGAGCAAACCCUAAUAUUAGAGAUAUUUCGGGAGUUACUCCUUUACUAGUAGCAGCCAGCAAUAAUUUGCUAUCAAUUGUUCGUCUCUUACUCUAUAAUGGAGCAGAUCAAACAAUUACUGAUAAUAACAAUAAUGAUCCGUUAUCUGUAGCAAUUAAAAUGAACCAUCCUGAUAUUGUAACUUGCUUAUUGGAAGAUCCUACUUUUUACAAAAAUUAUUUGAAUAGAUAUUCAAUGGGACAUUAUAAGAGUUAUGCAGUCAGACCUCCUUAUCAUGUUCGUCGCUUACUAGAUAUACUUAGACUUCUUCAGGUUCAGCAGUCAUCUAUUAUAAAUCUCUUUCGUAUAGAGUAUGCAAGACAAGAUACCAGCCUAUGUGAUGUUAAAGAUGAGGAAGGAAGAUCUUUGUUGAAUGUUAUCACAUCUCGAGAGAUGUAUGCUUUAUUGGGAGAGAUACUGGAAUUUUAUAGAAAUGCAACUAAAUUUAAGUAUCAAGGCUUUACUAGCUGUAAUCCUCAUUUGCUAGAUAAAUCUUCAAAGGGUCCAAUAGACUUUCUAUUAAGCAAUACAAUAAAUUCUUCAAAUUUUCAAGGAUCAAGUUUAGUAGAUAUAAAACAAAAUAAUAUAGAAAAUACUAACAUUGGCAACUAUUUAGAUUAUAUAGAUAUGAGUUCCUCAUAUGAAACCAGAAUUUCUCAUAUAGAUGAUAGAGACCCUGAUCCUCGUCAAGUUCUCUUAGCCUCUCUUUUACAGUUAUCUAAUCCAUUGGACUACUCUUCUUAUUUGUUUGAAUUACUUCGUAAGGGAGGAACCCCAACUGCAUCUACAAUCAAUGCGAUGGUAAGAUCACUAAAAGAUCCAAGUCUCCUGUUUCUGCAUCGUAUAUCCAGGGAUGGUCACAAUGCUCUAACAUUUGCAUUGUUUAAUGGACAAAUUGCAGAAGCUCGUGAGAUUCUUAAUAUCCUAAUAGAUUAUCAGCAUUUAGAUAAUGCUAACUGUAGAUCUGCUCUCAAACUUGCUAUAAAUCAUGCAUCAAGGACCGGAGCCACUUCUGUAAUUACGGAAAUAGCUUUAAGAAGUCCUGAGACAUUACAUGAGUGGAUUUGCGAAAGGGAUUUAACUAACGUAAUUUCUGUAGAUCAACUCAAAUUUGUAUUUUCUAAUCUACCCAGAGAUUUCGAAGGAUUUUCAAAACGACCAAAUCUAUGUAAACCUUUAUAUACAAUUGUUAAAAAAAUAUUAGAUUCUACUAGCCAAAUUGAUUCCGCUGAUAUAGUAGCAGUCAUGCUUCAUCCAAAUGCAGUUCUUCCAUUUCUUGACUCUGAAGAUGUGGCAAUGACACUCAAAAUUGUGGGAGUUAGUUUAAGCUUAUCAGCAAUAUUAGGGUUAACUCCUGUAUUAUGUACAGAAUGGAUCUCACAAUUCGAAUACUUUCAAUCACCUUAUUGUUAUCCAGAUACUGAGACAACAAGAGAUCAAACAGAACAAAGAAAUACUCAAAAUAAUGAGUUCGUUCCAUUAUUUUGGCAAGAAGCAAAUUCAGGAUUUUUUACAUUAGAAAGUAAUCAUAUGAAUCCUAGAGUAAUUAACUGGAAAAAACGUAAACAAGUUUUGGAUCUAGUAUUUUCUUGCCCUUUGCGGAAAGUAGAUCCUACUUUAAAGGCAUUUCAAGAAAGAGUUUUAAUAAUUUUACUCAUAGCUUUGAUUUUCUGGAUUGCAUGUUCUUCUUUUACUAUUGUCUACUCAUCUAGAAGCCAACAUGAUGUUUGUAGGUUUGUUCCAAUUUUAGGGCAAUCCAAUUCUGAAAAUCUUUAUUUGACGAAAUCUGAAUGGAAGACUUAUAGAUUAAUAAGAGUAUUGAAGUUUAUUUCACUACUUUAUUGUAUAAUAGUUUUGACUUCAGUAGGUAGAGUUCGUCAUGUAGUAUAUACAGGAUUUCUACUUGCUUUGGGGGCAUUAUUAAGAGCUAAUCAAUUACUUUCACUUAGAGGAAAUGAUGCUACGGAUAUUGCAACAGCUUUUAUUAGGGAAGAACUCACUGAAAAAGAAAAUAAUAUUUGGCAUAAAGAUCUAGAUGAUAAUGCUGAAGAAAUUCAUGAACAAGCAAUAAGGCCCAAUAAAAAUUUACAUCAUGAUAAACAAAAGCAGGACUUAAUCAACGAUACUGUAUGUGAUGAAUUUGAUGUUCAACAAACUUUAAUAAAUACUGGAUCUGCUGAAUCACAAAAAUCUUUUCAAAAUGAUAUCAUUGAAAAAGAACAGAUAUCUGUAGAACAAUAUGCAAAUGUUACUCUAUUGGUUGGAAUAUGUGCCUUUGGUAUUGCUGUUGCAUCUAAUAUUCAACGUUAUCUAUUUGGAAAUUUCAGAGAAUUUUAUAGAUAUAAUGAAUCUUAUAAUUUUGUAACCAACAACAUUCAUAUUGCAGUAUUUACAGAAGUCAUUUUAGUUAUAAAUACUUGGAUCCUUGCAUUCGCAAUUCUAAAGGUCCCUUCUCUACUUAUACUUAUGUUACAACAACGAAUUCAAGUUAUAAAAUACUUUCUGCAUGCAUAUCCAGAUAUUAAUUAUGGAAUGUUUAACUCUGUUAAAAGAAAUGUAACAUCUGACAUAAACUCUGAAGGAAUAUUUCCACCUAACUUUUCCAACCAAUUUUCAACACUAAACCCUUCUGGGGCUGUUUUCAUUCCUCCUGGAAGAUUUGAUAUAGUACUAUGCCAAUGGGUUCGUGUAAGACAUGCAAUUAUGAGGAGAAUGCAUCGUAGAUAUUUAGUGGCCUGUAGACCUUACAAUAAUAUCUACUUUGUUAUUGGUUUAACCGUUGCUUUAACCAUCUGGUUUAAACAUCUUCAGCCAUUCUCUAUACCACCGGAUACUAAAGAUAUCUUUUAUUUUACAUUUUUAGAUGAAUUUGGAUUUACACUUCUAAUGAUAUUUGCUGCUUAUAGUAUAACACUUUUAGUUAUUGUAUGGCUUGCAAACCAUUCAAAUAUCAUUACAGAGACUCUACAUUGGAAAUUAUUUUGGGAUGCAUUUUCCUUUAUGCCUCCGUGUUCAGCUCAGCAAAUUGUACUUCAACAUAUUAAAUUAACUCAAGAUUUAGAUACAGAAGAUAGAAGAGUUGCUUUAUGGGGAAUACCAAUUACUAAUAAUAUCAGAAAUUUGGUUUUUUUUCUUGUAAUAGGUCUUUGGGUAUAUAUUAUUAUCUUGGGAAUAUCAAAAGCCUUUUUGGAAUAA